UUUAAGAGCUAGCAAGGUUUUUUCUUUUCUGAAACCACUGAAGCAAACAUGGGGUUCAACAUUUCAGUUGAUCAGAAGAUUAAGCAAACAAAUAUAGAAGAUGAUGCCAGCAAAUGGGCAGAUGUCUGUUCCUCCUGGUUUUCGAUUCCAUCCAACAGAUGAGGAGCUACUUUACUAUUACUUGAGGAAGAAGGUCUCGUUUGAGGCUAUCGAUCUCGAUGUGAUCAGGGAGGUUGAUCUCAACAAGCUCGAACCUUGGGACCUCAAAGAUAAAUGUAGAAUUGGUUCGGGUCCUCAAAACGAGUGGUACUUCUUUAGCCACAAGGACAAGAAAUAUCCAACGGGAACACGAACAAACCGAGCAACCACAGCUGGUUUCUGGAAGGCAACGGGGAGGGACAAAGCCAUCCAUCUCACUUCCAACUCCAAGAGGAUUGGCAUGAGAAAAACCCUAGUCUUCUACACCGGACGUGCCCCUCAUGGCCAAAAGACUGAUUGGAUCAUGCAUGAAUAUCGCCUAGAUGAUGACAACGCUGAAGUUCAGGAAGAUGGAUGGGUGGUGUGCAGGGUUUUCAAGAAGAAGAAUCAUAACAGGCCAGGUUUCCAGGCAGAUGUUGGUCAAGAAGAACACUCUUCUCACAUCAAAUGGUCUACCGCUUCCUCAUCUCAAGUGGAGGCAUUAAAGCAAAAUCAUUUGCAAGCACUGUAUGAUAAUAAUUACUCAUUCGAUGGAGUGCAUCUUCCACAGUUGUUUAGCCCAGAAUCAGUAGUUCCCCCAUCCUUCAUAUCGCCUGUCUCUCUCACCUCAUUGGACAUGGAGUGCUCUCAGAGCUUAUUGAGGCUAACAUCCAUACAGCAACAGCAGCAGCAGCCGCAGCCACAGCAGCAACUGCAACCAGAGAGAUUUAACGGUGAUUGGUCAUUCCUUGACAAGCUUCUAGCAUCUCAUCCAAGCAUGGAUCAUCAGUCCCAGAUCAGCAAAGUCAACCACGUUGUUGAUUUGGGAACUUCCGCUCAGAAAUUCCCAUUUCAAUGUCUUGGUUUUGAGACUGACAUCUUGAAGUUUUCCAAGUAGCUAGAGACUCAUUAUAUAUAUAAACUUGUUAAGUUCCA